UUACAUUUAUGGGAACAUUUUAUUGUGUCCACAUUAUUCAGGAUGUGUUUUUCCAUCAUUUUAUAUUUACAGUUAUACAACUUCUUCCCAACCCUCAUGGAGUAUUUACCUGGGCCUCAUCAAAAAUUGAUAGAAAAUGUUGAAAAAGUUAAUGAAUUUACUUUUGACAUCAUAAAAGAACACCAGAAAACCCUGGAUCCCACUUGUCCUCGAGAUUUUAUUGAUGCUUUUCUUAACAAAAUGGAACAGGAGAAAGGGAAGAGUCACUCGGAAUUCACUGUUGACAGUUUGGCCAGAACCACACUCGACUUGUUCUUUGCAGGAACAGGAACCACCAGCACCACACUGAGAUAUGGACUUCUGAUUCUCCAGAAAUACCCAGAGAUAGCAGGGAAAAUUCAAGAGGAGAUUGAUCGUGUGAUUGGCCGAGACCGAAGCCCCUGCAUGGCAGAUCGGAGCCAGAUGCCCUACACAGAUGCUGCAGUCCAUGAAAUCCAGAGAUUCAUUGAUUUCAUUCCACUUAACGUCCCUCAUGCUGUGAUCAGAGACACCAAGUGCAGAGACUAUUUUAUCCCCAAGGACACGAUGAUAUUCCCUAUGCUGACUCCUGUCCUACAUGACAGCAAGGAAUUCCCAAAUCCAGAAAAAUAUGACCCAGGACAUUUCCUGAAUGCAGAUGGUACCUUUAGAAAGAGUGACUACUUCAUGCCAUUUUCUGCAGGAAAACGCGUUUGUGCAGGAGAAGGUCUGGCCCGGAUGGAACUCUUCAUAUUUUUAACAGCCAUCCUGCAGAACUUCACUUUGAAGCCUGUUGUGGCUCCCAAGGACAUUGACAUUUCCCCUAUAGUCAGCACUCUGUCAAAUUCGCCACGACCUUAUGAGGUCUCUUUUGUUCCACGUUAG